GGUGGAGGGGGGGAAAGAAGCGCAGUAACUGCACCUCACGGUCCACAUCUAAUAACUACUGCAACGCUGGUGACAGACUUUUACUUGACCGGUCCAAAAUGUCUGAACUCUUUAUGGAAUGUGAGGAAGAAGAGCUGGAGCCAUGGCAGAGAGCAGCUCCAGAGCAGUUGACUGAGGAGGAGGAGGAGGACGACGACGACGAGCCCAUCUUUGUUGGAGUAGUGUCGAAAAAGGACCACGAGAUUCCGCCUGUUGCUCCACCUCCUCCAAAGGACAAUGUGGUCAAGCAUGUGGUCAACUCUGCUCCUGUUCCUGUUGCUGCUCCUGCCCCUUCUCCUGCUCCUUCUGCUGCUGCGCCAGCCCUGGCCUCUUCUAUAAUGUUACCUUUGAAAAUAGCUGGAAAUGCCAUCAGUACUCCAACAGCCAAUCUCACGACACUGACUCCGCAGCCUGUUAUUGUUAAUAAUCAGGGCUUCAUCGUAACCCCGCAGUUAACCAGCAACAAUAACCUCAUUGCCACUCUUGGGAAACAGUAUCCUCCUGGGACCAAAUUUACCUUUGUACCAGCCGGUCAGCCGCGGCAGCUAUUCCAGCAGGUCACCCCAGUCACUACUGUACCCGGUGUUGUCCAUCGGCCUCAUGUGCAGCAGAUCCGAAACAACGUUGUGACAUUGGCUAAUGUGCAGAGCCCCACUGUGUAUUCACCCAAACAUCGUCUGCUGCAAGUCACCCACGCGCAGACCAUCCCCUUGCCUGUUCAGACUAACAGCUUAAACAGAGAGACAGUGAAGCGGGUGUUGAUACCUCAGCAAAUCGACAAAGCUGUGAAAAGAUUCAAAGCUGACAUCAGCCAAGCAAAUGCGACCAAACCAGUGGAAAAUGGUGAAGUGAAGAACAAAUGUCCACAUUGUAAAGAAGAAUUCCUUCAGCAGGAGGCAUUGAAUCAACAUAUGACUAGUUGCCGGGCUAGAGCGGAAAGUAGCGCUCCACUAGCCGAUGUCACGCAUAAACGCAUCAUGCUGGUGUCAGAUUUCUACUACGGCAGAUUUGAGGGAGAUUGUGUCAAGGCACCUGUGGAGAGGAGCAGCAUCACUUUCAAGUGUCAGUGUUGCUUGAAAGUUCUCAAGAGCAACAUCAGGUUCAUGAACCACGUGAAACACCACCUGGAGCUGGAGAAGCAGAACAAUGAGAGCUUAGAGAGCCACACAACUUGCCAGCAUUGCUACCGCAUGUACAUGACUCCAUUCCAGCUGCAGUGCCACAUUGAGAGCGCUCACAGCCCUAUCGAAUCCUCCACGAAUUGCAAGAUAUGUGAGCUAGCGUUUGAGUCAGAGCAAGUGCUCCUGGAGCACAUGAAAGACAACCAUAAGCCCGGGGAGAUGCCCUACGUCUGUCAGGUUUGCAAUUAUAGAUCCUCCUUUUUCUCAGACGUAGAGACACAUUUCCGAAGUGCCCAUGUAAACACAAAAGACCUGCUGUGUCCUUUUUGUCUCAGGAUUCUGAGAAAUAGUCAAAGGUACAUGCAACACUUCAUGAAACAUCAGAAAAAAGGCAUCCAUCGCUGUGGAAAAUGUCGACUGAAUUUCCUCACCUUCAAAGACAGAAUUGACCACAGGACUCAAGUCCACAAGACUUUCAGAAAGCCUUCAGUUCUGGAGGGCCUCCCUGCGGGGACAAAGGUUACCAUUCGAGCCUCGCUCAGUGGCAAGAUGGUCGCCACUUCGGGUUCGGUGGAUCGAUCUGCUAUAAUUUUCACUCCUGAAACGCUAAGCAACAGUGCAACCACCGGUUGGGCCAAAUCCAAAAGAAACACCUCUGAAGCAGGAAAGGCCAAGAUAAAUCAGAAGAAGAAAGGGCAUUCAACUACCAAUUGCAACCUGUCACUCAAAAGCAUAAGUGUGAAUGGAGGUUGCUACACCUGCAUUGAGUGCAACACCAAAAUUGAUGACUUCUUUUCCCACUUCCUGGUAUCCUCCGUUUGUGGCGCGUGCAAUUAUCGGACAAGUUGCAAAGUUGCCAUUGGAAACCACAUGAUAAGAUUUCAUAGCACGGUCAACAAGAGCAGAUUUUCCAAAGCGGAUCAGAGGAAACAUUCAUCUACAAUAAAAUUAACGCUGGUGUGUCUCAACUGUGACCUCCUGGUGGAUGCGUCAGGUGGUGACGUGAUGAGCAAACAUAUAAAUGACAGACCAAAUCACGUAUGCAAAGUCAUUGAGGAGAAAGGUGGCAAAGCCGAAACUGGAGUCCAGGACCAGAGUGAUGCUUUACGAAUGAAAAGGAAGGAACUACUCCCCAAGCUAAAGGAGGCACGGGAAAGGGGAGAAAUGGCGAUCCUGAGGCACGACAAACUGAUAUUCCUAACACCUGCAACAGCACACCAAAACAACACAGAAACAUCUGUUGACUCUUCAAAGCCAUGCACAGUUUUAAAAUCAUCACCGAUGGAAACAACGUUGCAAAUUGAAGAAAUGGAACAUUUGCCUCAAGUGAGUGUUGAACAACCACAAUCUGCACCAGUGUUGCCAGCAACUGUUGAAGAUUCUCCAGAAGAAAACGCGACACAGUCAGCAGUUGAAGAUUCUCCUGGUGAAAACGCGACACGGUCACCAGUUGAAGAUUCUCCAGGAGAAAAUGCAGCACAGUCAGUAGUUGAAGAUUCUCCAGGAGAAAACGCAGCACAGUCAGUGGUUGAAGAUUCUCCUGGUGAAAACGCGACACAGUCAGUGGUUGAAGAUUCUCCUGGUGAAAACGCGACACAGUCAGCGGUUGAAGAUUCUCCAGGAGAAAACGCAGCACAGUCAGUGGUUGAAGAUUCUCCUGAAGAAAACGCAACACAGUCCGGUUCCUCCCCUUCUCACGCGUUGGAUGGCGUUGAACAUGUUAAGCUAGUUGGAGACUCACAAAUGACGGAGGACUGUCACCCCGCCCCAGCCCACAACACGGACUGAGCGGAAAAUGGCGGAACAAACAAUGCCAAUCGCAAACUCUUUUUAUAUUUCUGAAACCUUUUAAGCAUUCCCCACAGAAGAAUGGCAGUUUUUGUCAUUGACUUGACCAUGAAUCACUCAAAACUUCCUGCCAAAGGCACAUUGUAGAUAUUAUAUCAUGAUAUUGGAUGCUGUUAACCUCUUAUUGUUAAAUUUUGAAACAAAAUCAUUGGAUCCCACCGGUGAGCGGCACGAUACAUUUGGUCCAUUGGCAUCUGUCCGGCACACUUUUUUUUUUUUUUUUUGUGUACAGAAACGGUUUUAUUUAAUAUGUAAACGUGUGUUUAUCACAGUACUUUAGAUGUGUACAAAUAUGGGCCGAAGGUUUUAUCAUAAUGGCAUUUGACCUGAAACGCAUGAAUAGAGGUGUCUUUAAACAGGCCACAAGAGGGCAUGAUAUACAAUACUUGAUACAAGGAUAGUCUACAGUCCCACCAGAAAGUAUUCACACCCCUUCAUGUUUUCCACAUUUUGCUGUUACAGACUUACUCAAAAGCUGAGUUAAGUAUAGUUUUAUAUUUAAAAAUCUACAUCAAAUAUCCCAUAAUGACAAAGUAAAAACAUUUUUAGGCAGUUGUAUAAAUUUAUAAAAAAUGUAAACGAUUCAAACACAAUAGGUACAUAAAUAUUCACACCCUUUGCUAUGACACUCAAACUUAAGCUCAGGUGCAUCUGAUUUCCACUGAUUACCCUUGAGAUGCUUCUCCAACUUGAAUGGAGGCCACCUGUGGUAAAUUCAGUUGAUUGAACAUCAUUUGGAAUGGCACACACCUGUCUGUAUAAGGUCUCAUAGUUGGCAGUGCAUAUCAGAGCAGAAACCAAGUAAUGGAGUCUAAGGAAUUGUCUACAGACCUCUGAGACAGGAUUGUGUCAAGGCACUAAUCUGGGGAAGGAUACAAAAUAAUUUCAGCAGCAUUGAAGGUCACGAAAAGCCCUGUGGUCUUGAUUAUUCGGAAAUGGAAGAGGUUUAGAACCACCAGGACCCUUCGUCGAUCUGGCCGUCCAACCAAGCUGAGUAAUUGUGGAAGAAGAGGUCACAGAGGUGAACAAGAACCCUAUGGUGAACAAGAACCCUAUUGUCACUAAGGCUGAGCUCCAGUGUUUCCCUGCAGAGAUAGAAGGUCCAGAAGGUCAACCAUUGCUAAUGCACUCCACAAAUCAAGCCUUUAUGGUAGAGUGGCCAGACAGAAGCCACUUCUCACAUGGUAGCCCGCUUGGAGUUUGCCAAAAGGCACUUUAAGGAUUCUCAGACCUGCAGAAACAAAAUUCUCUGGUCUGAUGAAACCAAAAUAUAACUUUUUGGCCUGAAUUGCAAGAGUCAUAUCUGGAGCAGAAGCACUGCUCAUCACCUGGCUAGCACAAUCCUUACUGUGAAGCGUGGUGGUGGCAGCAUCAUGCUGUUGUUCUGCUGCAGGAACUGGGUGACUAGUUUGCAUGGAGCGUAAGAUGAAAUUCUUCAAGAGAACUUGCACCAGAGUACUCUGGAACUCAGAGUAGGGCAUCGAUUCACCUUCCAACACGACCAUGACCCAAAGCACACAGUCAAGAUAACAAAAGAGAAGCUUCAGGAUCAGCCUGUAAAUGUCCUCGAGUGGCCCAGCCAGAGUCCGGACUUGAAUCCAAUCGAACAUCUCUGUAAAGCCCUAAAAAUGGCUGUCCACCGACACUUCCCAUCCAACCUCACUUGCCUUGAGAGGAUCUGCAGACGAAUGGGAGAAAAUGCCCCAAAGUUCGUACAGACAUACCCAAGAAGACUUGAGGCUGUGAUUGCUGCCACAUGUGCUUCAACAAAAUAUUAAGCCAAGGUAAAUGUUUUUACUCUGUCAUGAGAUUUUAUAAAGAAAAGAAAACUAUUGCUUUAGAAUAAGUCUGUAACAUAGCAAAAUGUGGAAAAAGUGAAGGGGUCUGAAUACUUUCUGGUGGCACUGUAUCUAGUCAAGAAAUUCACAUUGGCCAGAAGAUUAGAGGUUUUGUCUUUUAACCAAACAUUUGCACAGAUGUUGAAUCUGUACGGUCGGUUGUAGUUCUUUUCCGACCCUCUGGGGGGAAAAAAAAUAAUAAUAAUCAAAAUUUUAAAUAUUGAAAGAUCUUAACUCCAGAUGUGUGUUAAUUUUAAUGAACAAUCCUGGUGCACAUCCUCAUAGAAAGGGUUACUAUUUUUAGUAUUUAAUUUUUUUUUUUUUUUUUCCUACCCCCUUACCUUGAGGGUUAUAAGCGGUGUGGAGUAGUCCAGAUCAUGUUGUGAACAAAAAGCCUUCCGUUUACACUUGUGAUAUGUUAUACAUUUAUUCCCAGAUGACAUUAUUUGUUUUAUAAAAAAAAAAAAAAAAAAAACAGGUGGGGUAAGUUGAGGCUUUUCAUGGCUGCUGUUUAUCUUAAUCUUCACUGGACUUUUUGGAAUGUAAUUGAAGAAUUUAGUCAUACAUUCUCAUUUUGUCAUUUGUAAUUUCUUUGGUAGGACCCCCACAUUCAGUGGAAAUGUCCACACACCCCUGUUCAAAGGCCAAGUUUUUGUGAUGUAAAAAAAUUAGACCAAGAUAAAUAAUUUUAAAAUGUUGUCCACCUUUUAAUGUCGCUUAUAGCCUCUAAUUGAAAACACUCUCUUAAAAGGGUAAACUUUUCCAUCCAUACAUUCUGCUUCCGCUUAUCUAGUGUUGGGUCACGGUACCCUUGACUUCCUCUCUCCCCAGCCGCUUCAUCCAGCUCUUCUGGGGGAGAUCCAGAGGUGUUCCCAGGCCAGCCAGGAGACACUAACUCCAGCCUGUCCUGGGCCUCCCCCCAAAGGGCCGUGCCCGAAACACCUCACCAGAAGGCCGCCUAGCCAGAUGCCCGAGCCACAUCAUCUGGUUUGUCUUGAUGCGCAGGAGCAGUGGCUUCACUCUGAUCCCCUCCAGGAUGACCGAGCCCAGACACCAUGCAGAGGAAACUCAUUUUGGCUUGUAUAUAAGUGAAGUUGGGAACAUGGACCAACAGAUAAGUCGAAGAUGGAGCCAAAGCUAUUGCUUAUUAUUGUACUCCUGUACUCAACAGCGGCCGUGCGUUUGGUACCUGGCCCUAUGGAAAGCUCUUGCAACAAUUUGAAGUGGCAGCUGGUCAAUAAGGGUAGUCGGGGCGCCGCCCUACCGGUCAGCAGGGUCACUACCAUGAAUAAGAAAAGUUAAAUAAAAUUUAAUAUUAUAAUAAAAAUAUUACAAAUGAUACGUAUAUGUAGUUUCAGUUGAGUAUGAUAAAUUGUAUACAGCUAAUGAAGAGUAAAAAGAAUUCGUUAAUUGCUUGUCUCGUUUUCUGACGUAAUUUCCUGUUUA